AUGAUCAACCAACAGGCAUGUACUACCGAGGGACGAGAUGGCAAGGACGCCGAAGCUGUCGGCUCAGAGAAAGGGAGGAGACUCCGGGGAAUUCGUAUGCGCGUGCCUGUCUCGUUGCGUGCCCACGCGCAUAGCUUGCAGGCUCGCCGUGUGAUUGGCCAAGAAGAAAAAGGCGACGACAACGACGAUCCUGCUCGUCCAGCGGCAAGCGAGUUGUCUGGGGCCACAUUUUCGCCCCUACGGAAAAAGUCGCGAAUUUCAGCUGCACGAUGCUGCAAGCGAGUCUGCUUCUCCGCCUUCAACAGCCACAGCAGCAGCAGCUGCAUCAGCUGCAGUCCGUCAAUCGCGAAUCUGUUUCUUAGCUUCCAGUUCCAGAAUUUCCUCCGCCGUCACACCGCAUUCACUCAGUCGACGAUCCUCUGCUCAGUGCUGCUCACCAGAAUUCGUCUCUCGCGGUCAGCCAGAGAAAGUGACAAAAUCAUGGCUUCGCAGCUACGCAAGGUGUUUGGCUCUAGCCGCACAAAGUCGUCCGCCUCCUCCUCCAGCCACGGCCGUGUCCGAUCCGAGGAGGACCAGGCCAGCUCCAACUCGAACCCGAGCUCGCCGGCCGCCUCCCUAGGUAAAGCCUCUUCGAGGAUCUUUGGUCGAUCCGACCGCGGCGCCUCACCCAGUCCUUCCACCCCUUCCUCGCCGUUCCCUCCCACCACUCCUUCCAAGAACACCACCCCGGCGGCUUCCACCACCACCACAACCACCGCUUCCUCGUUGUCGCCUUCCGCCGGUGCUUCGCCGCUUCCCUCUUCUGCUCCUCGUACCGCGUCCAAGCCUGCUUCUUCCCAAGCAAAGUCGCAGCCUGCUCCUGCCGCCAAGGCCGAAACGCAGCAGAGCACUCCUGCUCCUGCGCCCGCUCAAUCGGCUUCUUCCGCAACUACUCCCACGGCCGAGUCGGCUGCUCCUAAGCCCCAGGUAGCUGCUGAACGCAUGCCUUCCGACAAAAGUGUCCCCGUAGCUGCAGCAGCGGCUGCGGGUUCGGCUGCCGCUGCUGCCACCGCCGCAGCUGUCACGUCUUCCAACGGCAGCAAAUCUGCUCAGAGCGGCGACAACACUCCUACGCCAGACAGCGCUGCUGCCGCUCCGGUUGCUGAGUCUAAAGCAACGCAAUCCGUCAAGCCUCUGAGCAUCAACAUUCCGGCUAACAAGCAGGAAGCUUCCGCCCCGUCCGCCACUGAGCUCCCCAAGAAGCAGCCCAAGAGCGAGGCAAAGUCCAUCAACGGCUCUGUCCAGGACAAGGACGAUCUCACCCCUGUCGGUAUCUCCGACAAAAAGUCCUUCCACUCGCGCACCAACGCUGACCAAUUCCGCGCAGACUACCAUCCCGACAACGCUUCCAAGUACGCCAAUCCGAACCACUACUCGGCUCGUCCCGAGACCUACCAUCGCAAGUCGUUCAGCCAGGGUGCUCCUUCCGUAGGCGAACAGACUCCCGCUCACUCGCGUCGUCAGUCUGCCAGCGGGGAGGACAUCGGCCACGCACGCGGUCCUACCGGCAACCUUAACAACGCCGUCGAGGCUCGCGCCAGCUCCAACCACUGGAUCUCCACCGAAGACCAGCGUCUCCAGGAGGACGCCGAGAAGAAGCGUCACUGGAAGCGUUGGGGUCCCUACCUCAGCGAGCGUCAGUGGGGUACCGUUCGAGAGGACUACUCGUCCAACGGAGAUGCCUGGUCCCACUUCCCCCACGAGUCGGCUCGUAGCCGCACCUACCGCUGGGGCGAGGAUGGUCUCGCUGGUCUCUCGGACAACCACUGUAGGAUGGGCUUGAGUCUGGCUCUCUGGAACGGGAAGGACCGCAUGCUCAAGGAGCGUCUCUUCGGUCUCGCCAACAACGAGGGCAAUCACGGUGAAGACGUCAAGGAGCUCUACUGGUACCUCGACAGCACGCCCACUCACAGCUACAUGAAGAUGCUCUACAAGUAUCCGCAAGAGUCGUACCCCUACGAGCUCUUUGUGCGCGAGUCGCGCAACCGCAGCCGCGACGUGGCCGAGUUCGAGAUCACCGACACCGACCUCUUCGACGACGACAAGUACUGGGACGUCUUUGUCGAGUACGCAAAGGACAAGGAUGAGGAGAACGCCAUCUCGAUCCGCAUCAGCGCCUACAACCGUGGCAACGAGCCCGCCGACCUUCACAUCAUCCCCCAGCUCGUCUUCCGCAACUACUGGUUCUGGCCCAAGGAGGAGCCGCCCAAGCCCAAGAUGAAGCAGACCGGCGACUACGUCAUCCAGGCAGACCAUCCUGAGCUCGGCCGCUACCACCUCUACUGCUCGACCAGUCCCGCUCCCAGCGCUCCUCCCGCCAAGCGUGGCCAGGCCCCCGAGCCUGUCUCGGACGACGAGGUGAUUCCCGACCUCCUUUUCACCGAGAACGAGACCAACUUCGAACGCCUGUACAACGGCAACAACCGCAACGUCUAUGCAAAGGACGCCUUCCACGACCACAUUGUCCCCUGGCACCGACAGGAGAAGGACCGUCCCAAGUCUGUCGAAAAGACGCGCAAGAUCAAAAAGACAGUCGUUCGCGAAGAGAAGCGUCCCAUUCAGCGCGAUCCCGAGACCGCUGCACCCAAGGCCAACGGCGCUUCCGCCGAGGCUGAGCCCGAAGCUGCUGCUGCCGAGAAGCAAUUUGGCAGCAUCGGCCCAACCGCCGAGCAGGAGUACGAGAUCGUCGAGAUCGAGGAGGAGGUUGUCGAGGACGAGACCUACUACGAGGCGCCCGACGAGUCCAAGCCUCCUCGCGACUACGUCAACCCCAACAAGGAAGGUACCAAGGCCGGUGCCCACUACGUCUUCCGCCAGGUGCCUCCCUUCGGAGGAUGUGCCGUCGUCAGGAUGAAGCUGACUCCCAAGACGCCCGCGCAGGACCCUGCCAUCGACGACGACGAGCAGUUCGACACCACCGUCGAGGCUCGCCGUUCCGAGGCCGACGAGUUCUACGCCAAGCUCAUCAGCGGCCCCAUGUCCGAUGACAUGAAGAACGUCAUGCGUCAGGCUCUCGCCGGUAUGCUCUGGAACAAGCAGUUCUACAUGUUUGUGCAGCCCGAGUGGCUGCGAGGUGACCCCGGCCAGCCUGCGCCGCCGCCCGAACGCAAGCGCAUCCGCAACCACGAUUGGCGUCACUUGCACAUGGAAGACAUCCUCUCGAUGCCCGACAAGUGGGAGUAUCCCUUCAGCGCCGUGUGGGACAGCGCCUUCCACUGCAUCCCGCUCGCCAUGGUCGACCCUGCCUUUGCCAAGAAGCAGCUCGAUCUGUUCACCCGCGAGUGGUACAUGAAGCCCGAUGGUGCGCUCCCCGCCUACGAGUGGAACUUUUCGGACGUCAACCCGCCCGUGCACGCCUGGGCCACCUUCCGCGUGUUCAAGAUCGAGCGAAAGAUGUACGGCCGUGAGGAUCUCGACUUCCUCGAGCGUGUCUUCCAGAAGCUGCUCAUCAACUUCACCUGGUGGGUCAACCGAAAGGAUUCGAGCGGUUCCAACGUCUUUGAGGGAGGUUUCCUUGGUCUCGACAACAUCGGCCCCUUCAAUCGUUCCGAGCCUCUCCCCACUGGUGGUACGCUUCGUCAGGCCGACGGAACCGCCUGGAUGGCGUUCUACGCGCUUAACAUGCUCAACAUGGCGCUCGAGCUGGCCAAGCACAACCCGACCUACGAGGACAUCGCCUCCAAGUUCUUCGAGCACUUCAUCUUCAUCUCGGACGCCAUGUCGUUCCACGACACGUUUGACGACGAGAGCACCAGCCUGUGGUCGGACAAGGACGGUUUCUACUACGACGCCAUCCAGUGGGGCCCCGGAAACAGCCAGGUGAUCCCCGUCAAGAGUCUGGUAGGCCUGAUCCCGCUGUACGCCACGCUGACCAUCGAGCCGUCGGCGCUCAAGAGGUUCCCGAGCUUCGCCAAGCGCAUGCAGUGGUUCCUGGACAACCGACCCGAGAUGGCGGAUCGCAACAUCGCCAACAUGAAGGUGGGCGGUCGAGGCGAUCGGCGUCUGCUGUCCAUGGUGAGCCGCGAGCGUCUCGAGCUGAUCCUCAAGCGUAUGCUGGACGAGAGCGAGUUCCUGUCGCCUCACGGUGUGCGUUCGCUCAGCAAGGAUCAUCAGAAGAACCCGUUCCACGUCAACGUUGGAGGCGAAGACUUUGGUGUCGGCUACUGGCCCGGUGACUCGCACAGCCCCAUGUUUGGUGGUAACUCGAACUGGCGCGGUCCGAUCUGGAUCUGCGUCAACUUUUUGCUCAUCGAGUCGCUGCAGAGGUUCUACCAGUACUACGGAGACAGCUUCAAGGUGGAGUGCCCCACAGGCAGUGGAGACUACAUGCAUCUGGGCCACGUCGCCGAGGAGCUGUCACAUCGUCUGCUCGGCAUCUUCCUGCGGGACGAUCAGGGCAGGAGGGCCAACAACGGCGGUAUCCCCAUGCUCGACUAUGCUCCCGAGUUUAGAGAUCUGGUGCACUUCUACGAGUUCUUCCACGGCGACACGGGUAAAGGUCUGGGCGCGUCGCACCAGUGCGGAUGGACGGGACUCAUUGCGUACACGAUCUACUCGACGGGCGCGAGCUACGGGUUGGCGCAGACGCCGAGGACGCCAAAGUCGACCGCGGCGCACUACUUUGACGAGCACCUGACCGAGGAUGGUAGGUCCGAGGCUGGGAGCGUGCCGUAUUCGACGGCGUACUCGAGGCCUCCUUCGCCGGAUGAGUUGUAG